GUAAUAAUUUCCAUUUCACACUUUUUUUUUUUUUUUUUCUUUCUGUGUUCUCCAAAAUUCAGUUCCUCUCACUAAAAAUGGGCGCUUUCUCUUUCUAAAUCUCGGCAAAGACAGAUCAUCGGAACGAGAUGGGUUGCAACCAAUCGAAGAUCGAGAACGAAGAAGCGUUGGGGCGGUGCAAGGAGCGGAAGCGCUUCAUGAAGGAGGCCGUGUCAAGCCGUAACGCCUUCGCCGCCGCACACUCAACGUACACCACAUGCCUCAAGAACACCGGCGCCGCCCUCGGCGACUUCGCCCACGGCGAGGUUCAAUUGCCUUCCUCCGCCGACAACUCCUCCUCCUUCAUGCCGCCGCCGCCGCCGAAGCAACCCUUCGAGAUUCCUCUGCCGCCGCCCCCUCUUCCCAAUUUCACUCCCACCCCUCCUCUUCAGCGCGCCGCCAGCAUGCCCGAGAUGAAGAUCCCCAAGCCCGAGCCCAAGCCCAAGUCCAAGCCCGUUGGUACCAUUAUUGAAGAGGAAGAUGAAGAGGAAUUGGAGAAUGAAGGUUCUUUGAGGAAAAGAAGAAGCAACAGAAGCACAAGUAAUAAAAGGGUGGAUGAAGAAACGCUUCGACCUCCUGUGCCUCCUCCGUUCAUGUCUGAGAGUGAGACGCAGCAACCUCCGCCGCAAUCGCAGCAGAGCGCUGCUUGGGAGUACUUCUUUGCACCAAUGGAGAACAUGGCAGGGCCAAGCUUGAAUGGGCCAGAAGAAGAUACCCUCAACAAGGAAGAGGAAAUUGAGAGGAAGGUGUUUGAUGUAAAGCCCAAUAGAAGGGAUGUUGUGAACAAAGUUGUGAGAAGUGAGAGGGAUAAUGAGGUUCCUUUGCUGGAGCCCGAGCCUGAGCCCGAGCCCGAGCCCGAGCCUGAUCCUGUGUUGGAGGAAAUGGCAGAGGAGUCACCAUUGCCACCUCCUAAGGUGAAUCAGGCACCGGCUUCUAUGGAGGGUAAAAGGAUUGUGAAACAUAGUCUCAAUCUGCUUCAUAUUUUUGCUGAUCUUGAUGACCAUUUUCUCAAGGCUUCGGAGAGUGCUCAUGAGGUUUCAAAGAUGCUUGAGGCCACACGACUGCACUAUCACUCCAAUUUUGCUGAUAAUAAAGGACACAUUGAUCACUCUGCAAGGGUCAUGCGAGUUAUCACAUGGAAUCGAUCCUUUAAAGGAAUACCUAAUUUGGAAGUGGAGAAGGAUGAUUUUGAUACAGACGAGCAGGAAACUCAUGCUACCGUCCUGGACAAGUUGCUAGCGUGGGAAAAGAAACUUUAUGACGAAGUUAAGGCUGGUGAAAUAAUGAAAUUUGAGUACCAAAAAAAAGUUGCCUCGCUUAACAAGCUAAAGAACAGAGGUACCAACUCUGAAGCAUUGGAGAAAGCAAAAGCGGCUGUCAGUCUUUUGCAUACAAGAUACAUUGUAGAUAUGCAAUCCUUGGAUUCAACAGUCUCAGAGAUUAACCGUUUACGUGAUGAACAGUUGUAUACAAGACUUGUUCAACUUGUUGAUGGGAUGGCCACAAUGUGGAACAUUAUGCUAGGUCACCAUGAGAAGCAAUCAAGUACUGUGAUGUUGCUGAGAACGUUGGACAUUAACCAAUCUCCUAAGCAAACAAGUGAAAACCAUCAUGGCCGAACUCACCAGCUAUUGCUUGUUGUGCAACAGUGGCAUUCACAAUUUGAGUUGCUAGUAAAAAAUCAGAAGGAAUACAUAAAGGCACUAAACGAUUGGUUAAAGUUAAAUCUUGUCCCUAUUGAGAGCAGCUUAAAGGAAAAGGUUUCUUCACCACCAAGAAUUACAAGUCCACCCAUACAAGGCCUUCUCCGUGCAUGGCAUUUGCGUCUAGAGAAACUUCCUGAUGAGCUUGCUAGGACAGCUAUAGGAAACUUUGUUGCUUUGAUAGAUACUAUUUUCCAUAUGCAAGAAGAAGAAAUGGAUUUGAAGAGAAAAUAUGAGGAUACACGAAAGGAGCUUGCCCGCAAAACCAGACAAUUUGAAGAGUGGUAUUCCAAAUAUAUGCAAAAGAAAAUACCAGGUGAUUUCGAUCUAGAUGGGGCAGAAGAUCCUAAUGCUCCUGAUGUAGUUAUUACUGAGAAGCAGUUUUUGGUUGAACAAGUAAGGAGGAGGUUGGAAUCGGAGGAAGAAGCCUAUGAUAAGCAUUGCCACAAUGUGAGGCAAAAAUCUUUUGGAAGUCUGAAAAAUGGCAUGCCAGAGCUUUUUAGGGCUCUGUCAAAUUUUUCUCUUGAAUGCUCCAAAAUGUACAGUGAAUUGAGGUCAAUCUCACAGAACCCAGGCUAGAGUUCAUCAUAAGGUGGUUUGUGUAUUUUCUUUUAUUUUUGGUUUACAUUGAGGUCUCCUGAUUAGGGACGAGUCCUGAAAAUUACAAAUAAACUGUAUUUGAAUUUCCAUAUGAUUGCAUAGCAUGGAAGUUGAAUAUUAAACGGUACAUUUUUUUUUAUGUUUUAUUAUACCUCGUGCUGUUGGCCUGCAGUUGCAUAUUUGUAAUUAAUGAAAUAUCCGGCUGAUACGAUUAUGUUUAUAGCUUGUAAUAAAAUGUUUUAGUCCAAUUCUUUUAGUUUAUAA